UUUUCACUUUAGAGCUACAGGGAUUAUAAUUUGAAAGGGAAUAUUUGUAUGAAAUGUAACAUGUGGUAUCUAAGACUAAAAUUGUCUUUUUCAGUGCAAAUGUCUUUUAGCCAUCUUUCUUGACUUUUAUUAUUACAAUAAUGAUAAAAUUGCUUUUUUCUUGACAGAAAAUUAUGAUAAACACAUCUGACCACACAAGUUUUAACAAUAUCUUUUCAAAUCUCUUUUGUCUCCUUAUAUUUUUUUCUCUUCCACGACAUUGCAGUGCACAUUAUGGUCUUGGACUUUGAAAAUUUCUUAAUCCAUAUUUGUCUUGCAGCAUCAUUUUCAAUUUUAAAUAUAUUCAUUUCCUUUGAAAAGUCUUGCUAUGCUAAUGUUAUAUUGCUAUAUAUGAAAUUAUACAAGUUUGAAAUGUAAUACACUUGAACAUGUCACUCACAAUAUUAGCACUGCUGCUGCUGCUAAUGAACCUUGGAAAUGGUCAGAUAUUGAUCAAUAACUCAUCCAUUGAAUGCCCCUUCCGUCUAUCUUGUUCGCGGUACACGGAUUCACGGCACAAGGAUCAGAUCCUUGAAUUUCUCUCACUACCAAUAUCAGAAAAAAUAGUUGUUACAUACAUAAAUUGCGAAUCUCAAGAAAUAAUCCUAUCUCACCAACAAAACUGUCUUUCUAGUUUCUUUUUAACACACAAUGUUUCUGUAUUUUAUCCUUUCCGAUCAAACUAUGGCUUAAGGAACAUUACUUUCUUUAACUGCUCUUCGGUUCAACAACACCAUCUCAAAAGCUGGGACCAAAGAAACCCCGAUGCACAAGACAUGUUGUCUUGUCCGAUUUAUGUUGCAGAAUCCACUGAAAGUGUCGUUGAGUUGGACUUAUUAAGCUGCACAAGAAUGUUUGUUAAAGUUUUACCAAUAUGGGCAUUUGGGAUAGGCCAAAAUAGUCUCUCAUUGAGUUGGUCGAAAACAAAUUUUCGCAGUCAAUGUUUAGAGCUACACAACAAAUCAAAGAAGAACCACACAUCCAUCAUUUUAGAAACAAUAGGGGCAAUCAUUGGUUCGACUGUGCUGGUUGUUUUGAUUGGUGUUUUCUUUCGAGUAUACUUCUAUUUUAGAACGAAAGGGGAAGAUCAAACGAGACUUGACAACUUUUUGAAGGAUUACGAAGCUUCAAAGCCAACAAGAUUCUCUUAUGCUGAUAUUAAGAGAAUUACAGACAAAUUCAAGGAAAAACUAGGCGAAGGAGCUCAUGGAGCUGUCUAUAAAGGUAAAUUAUCGAGUCAAAUUCUCGUUGCAGUGAAGAUGCUUAAUAAUACAGAAGGAGAUGGGAGAGAGUUCAUAAAUGAAGUGGGAACUAUGGGAAAAAUCCACCAUGUUAAUGUUGUUCGAUUGCUUGGCUUUUGCGCUGAUGGAUUUUAUCGUGCUUUGGUUUAUGAUUUUUUCCCAAAUGGUUCGCUGCAGAAUUUCAUUUCUCCACCCAAUAACAAAGAUGGUUUCCUUGGUUGGGACUUAUUGCAACAAAUUGCUCUAGAUAUUGCUAAUGGGAUCGAGUAUCUUCACCAGGGCUGUGAUCAUAGAAUUCUUCACUUUGAUAUCAAUCCUCAUAAUGUCUUGUUAGAUGACAAUUUCAUUCCAAAAAUCUCAGACUUUGGUUUAGCUAAGUUAUGCUCCAAAAAUCAAAGUACUGUGUCUAUGACUGCAGCUAGGGGAACAUUAGGAUACAUGGCACCUGAAGUUUUUUCUAGAAAUUUUGGAAAUGUCUCUUACAAGUCUGAUAUAUACAGCUACGGUAUGUUACUGCUGGAGAUGGUUGGAGGAAGAAAGAAUACUAAAACAGUCGUUAAUGGUGAGGAAAAUUUCGAAGUUUUGUAUCCAGAUUGGAUCCACAGUUUGCUUGAAGGGGGAGACAUACAUAUCCCAAUUGACGAAGAGGGUGAUUUUAGAAUUGCAAAGAAACUAGCAAUUGUGGGACUUUGGUGCAUUCAGUGGCAUUCUGCGCAUCGUCCUUCCAUGAAAACUGUGAUGCAGAUGCUACAAGGAGAGGGAGACAAGUUAAAAGUUCCCGACAAUCCUUUCAAUGCUUCAUCUUCAAGUAAUAGAACUGCAAAUACUGCUACAGGGUAUUUUAAUUCAGAACUAGAUGUGAUUCAUGAAUAAAAAUUGCAUUAUUGUAACAUACUAGAAUAAAAAAUUUAUAGUUUCUUUGUAAAGGUGUAUUAUUGUAACAUUAGAACUAGAUGUGAUACAAGAAUUAGUCUCUUUUGAUCAACACUGGUAAAUUGUUUA